CCAUGAGUUUUUGUUUUUCAGCCUAUUUUUCCAGUCUAGAACACUUAGUUGUUUUUUUUUUUUAAAUUUUUGUUUCCUUUUCAAUUGUUUUCAAAUAAAUAUUGCUGGGGCUUUCUGUAAGUGCAGGUUAUGGCUGGUUCUGGACAUUUACAAACCUUUCGAUUGUUAAGAUUUCUUCGCAGCAGAAACUCAGCAGAUGGACAUGCUAGUUAUGGUAUUCAGAUGGCGGUUAGCUUGGCAAUUGGAUUCUUGUUUCUUGGUGGUGGAAUGAGGACAUUUUCAACAAGCAACAGUUCAGUUGCUGCUUUGCUCAUUACUCUUUAUCCACGCCUGCCUACUGGACCAAAUGACAAUCGUUGCCACCUACAGGCAUUUAGGCAUUUAUACGUUCUGGCAACAGAGGCUCGCUGGCUUCAAACUGUUGAUGUUGACACUGGUCUUCCUGUUUAUGCCCCUCUUGAAAUUACAAUUAGGGGAACUGAUCAUUACUUAGAAACAAGUUUCUGUGAGGUUUCUCCAUGCAUUCUGCCGGAACGUUCUAUUGUAAGUUUCAAUACCAGUUAACAAACUUUCCUGGAUGGUUAUUUUCUAAAUGUCCUUUUAUUUUUUAAUGUACCCUUGAAAUGAACUUGUCAACUUUAUCGAGUUAAUCUGCAGGCUUUGCAUUAGCUGUUCUGCUUGUCCCAGAGUUUAGAAAGUGUAUAGUCAAAUAAUUUUAAAUAUGUACUGUUUCUGACAUGGAGCAGAACGACUACUGUUAUGAUAGUGAGUCUUGAAAAAUGAAAUGUUUUUGACAAA